GAGCGGCGGCACGUUGAUAAGGGCUGUCCCGGCGGCGGCCGCCACCGCAGAGGAGCGGGAGCGGCGCUGGGAGCGGACGGGGGAGGGCUGUUGUGUGUAGGAAUAAACAAACUCCGGUGCCCGACCCCCUCUCCGCGUUAAAUUUCGGGGGUUUAAAAACAUAUUUUAUAUCUUCUUUUACUUUUUUUUUCUUCUUUUUUGUUUUGUUUUUUUUUUUCCCUCCGAGCUCUCCGCCAGUCGCCGCCGUGGCCGCGCGGCGAUGAACGGCGGGGCCCUGCCGCCGCCGCCCCUGCCCCCAGCCGUGCCCCGCGGCCGCCGGCGGCCCCCGUCCCCCGAGCUGCUGCGCUGUAAGCGCCGCUUGGCCUUUACCGCCCUGCCGGGCACCGGGGCGGCGGCGGCGGCCGCCGUGGCCCGUCGGAACGAACGGGAGCGCAACCGUGUGCGGCUGGUCAACCUGGGCUUCGCCGCCCUCCGGCAGCACGUCCCGCACGGCGCCGCCAGCAAGAAGAUGAGCAAAGUGGAGACCCUCCGCUCCGCCGUCGAAUACAUCCGCGCCUUGCAGCGGCUCCUCGAUGAGCACGACGCCGCCUCAGCCGCUUUCCCCGACGGCCGCGGGAGGGCGGCCGUCGGGGAAGGCGGCUGCGGCGGUGGCUACUCCUCCGCCUCACCCUCCUUCGCCUCCUCGGUGCCCGGCUCGCCUUGCUCCUCCGACGAGAGCGGCUACGACGCGGCGCUGAGCCCCGAGGAGCGGGAGCUGCUGGACUUUACCAGCUGGCUCGGGAGCUACUGACCCGUCUGCAGCCGCUCUCAGGCAGCAGUAACUCGGCGCCCUCGCUCUCAGCAGCAGUCAGCAUCCUCCUCAAAAUACUCACUCCCCGCUGGCUGCUUUUCUCGCCGGGUUCACCCAUCGUCUUCAGGCUGUGGAAAGUGCAAUGGUGUAAAUGACUGCGGGACUCUGCCACCGGCUCCGGGCAGCGGCUCUGUCUGCCCGCCGGGAGCGGCCGACGGAGAGGAGGCCUGGGCUACCCCGCUUACCCCCACGGCUGGUCUCUGGUGAUGCCUUGGAGGGGUGGAAAAAAAAGAAACUAAAACCACUUGAUGCUUCCUUGUUUCUGGAGGGGGAGGGAAUUUUUUAUCAUGUCAGAUUCUAUUUUACAUGUAACUUGAACUGUCUAUGGGAACACUGGUGUAUGAAGACUUAUUUUUGUACAAGAAACUUUAGAGAAAAGGGGUGAGGAGAUGGUUCUAUUUUUUAGCAAGUCCUAUUCUCUUGUUCUUGAACACUGCCAGCUAGAAUGUUUUGGAAACAUACACGGUUUAGAUAAAAAGGUGUUGUGUUUUGUUGGUUUGUUUUUUCUCUCUCAACACUUUAGUAGAAGACUGUAAAGUUAUGUUGUGUCUUAACGUGGUGUCCGAGUUUGCCUGGUGUGAAGGUACACUUCUCUGAAAACUGAAGUUUGGGGUUUUUUAAAAAAAUGUGUUGAAGGCAUUUUUGUAUGCACUUGCUAUGAUUUCUUAAGUUGUAUAUAUGCAGUUUUUAAGAGAGUAUCGUAUUUUAUGUAAAUUGACUUUAUAAAUAAAAAUCUAUUUAUAAAUGGC